GGCUUCUUGCUCAUGUUAUUGCACGUAACCCCUUUCCUUUCUUUGGCCUAUUUGACACCUAAUCCUCCUUUGUUCCCUCUUAGGUUUUCAGGACCCAUCUCUAUUUCCUACUUUUACUUGCGUUUCUGCUUAGAAGAAGGAAAAAGGCGAUGACUAGUGUGCUGGUUCACUUGGUUGUGCUGAGCUUCACCUCGUUCCUGCUCCUACCGUUUUCCCACUCUGCUGAUGUUAAGUACUGCGGUGCCAAAGAUGACUAUGCCGUGAAGGUCCAGGGAGUCAAGAUAUCGCCUGACCCAGUGGUGAGAGGCAAGGCAGCUACCUUCAACAUCUCAGCCACAACAGGUCAAGCCAUCUCAGGUGGGAAAGUGGUGAUUGAAGUUUACUAUUUUGGGGUGCGUGUACAUACAGAAACUCAUGACCUUUGUGAGGAGCUUUCCUGUCCUGUCUCAGCAGGCAACUUCGUACUCUCUCAUACUCAAACUUUACCUGGGAUCACUCCGCCGGGCUCAUACAAUCUUAGGAUGACAAUUGAGGAUAAUCAUAACCACAAGUUGUCUUGCAUCAGUUUCAACUUCAAAAUUAUCUUCGGAUCUCUGGUCUCUGCUAGUUGAGCACCGACUUGCCAGUACACCAUGUAAUUGAUCAUAUAAGCAUAAUCUCUAGUCUAGUGGAUGUGUAGUUCAUGAGUACUGCAUGCUCUUGUAUAAAUAAAAUAAAAAUGCACAGGAGAGUGAAGUGAGUGCUGUGUUCCCUUUGCCGUACAUUCAUGGUGUUUGUAAAUUAUACCACUGCCUAUUAUUGCUAGUAUAUAUGGCAAAGGAACUUAAGAAAAUCUGUAAAAGCAACCCGAGUCAUGAAUCUUCUGUUUUUCCAUUUAUUUGAGCAGGACCCCAUUUAAUUAGUUUCA